AUGGUAGAGCCAAAGUCCCUUGCUAGAGACAUCUCGCCGCCACCAACAUCACGCAAAUCAUCGACCAAUGGCAUGGAAAAAGUCAUGAACACAGACAGCACAAGCCUAGAAGUUGAAGACUCACAAGCUGCGGAGCCCACACUGGCCGCCAUCGAGGCAGGCCAAGCCGCAGUACGUGACCAUCUGGAGUAUUUCGCAAAACACUUGUCUGCCGCGAUGAGAAAGCCGCCGCCUGGACCUCGACUGAGCAUUGCGGACUACAAGGCCUUGUACCGGAGUAACGAGCAUCCUCAUGGUCGGCACUUCGUAGUCCAUCAACACGACCAUCCGAUAUCAGGUGUGCACUAUGACCUCAGACUGCAGUUUUCAGAGUCGAGCACCAUUUCUUUCGCUAUCCCGUACGGUCUGCCUGGAAAUUCUAACUCGCAGCGACCUAACAGAAUGGCGAUCGAGACGAGAGUGCAUAAUCUUUGGAACAAUCUCAUCGAAUCAGCCUCACACGCCACUGGCUCUCUGUUGAUAUGGGAUACUGGUGAGUAUGGAGUACUCGAUCGACCCAUACAGGCACACAAAGGCCGCACCACGGACGACGAGCUCUCUGAUGAUGAUGAGCAAGCACCAGAUGUCUGUCCCCAGAGUGAGCGCUUAUUCACUGCCUUUCAAAGCCGGCACAUCCAUCUUCGCCUGCAUGGCACUCGUCUACCCAGAGGCUAUACGAUCGCUUUACGAUUGCCACGCAACGAAGCUGCAGGCAAGCAGCCAAAGAAGCCGAGUACGAAACGCAGGCGUAUCGACCCGACAAAGGCUGCGGAGCUGGCGAAGCGACGUACCCCAGCGAACGAGACCGACUCAGACUCCGAUCCUCCUAGCGAGCCCAUAGUCGACAUCACCGCGGACGAUGACGCAGCUAUUGCCUCUGAAGGCGAAGAACAGAAUCAUAACGAAGUCGAAGAAGCUCAGAUACGCAUCAACAACGCAUACCCAGGCGCGAAAAACUCCAUCGGCUCAAUCCAUCAACGUCACUGGCUCCUGACCUUGGACAGACGGAACUCUGGUUUCCACAAAGCUCGCAGCGGUCCUGAGGCUGGGAGAUGGGCGGGUGGGUUCGAGCCUUUCUUUGUCAUGGGCAGGGAUGAGGAGAGAAGUGUGGUGACUGGGCGGAAGGCGGACGAUGUUAUGAGUGAUGAAGGUGUGAACGCGUUCGUGGGAAGGAAAAUGUGGAGGCCCAUUGUGGAGUGA